AUGAAAAGAGAUGUAAAUGUGGAUUUUCUUUGUACUAUAGUAAGGGUAAACGUACUAUUCAAAAGUUUUUGUGUACUCUUUGGCAUGAAGCUGGGGUUGAAGCUGAGGCUAGAAUUAAGACUUGAGCUGGGGCUAGAACAGGGGCUGAAGCUGUAGCUGGGGCUGAAUUCAAGCUAAAGCUGGGUCUAAGGCUAAGUCUGGGCUCGAGCUCCGGUUGAAGUUGAAUCUGGUUCUGAAGCUGGGACUGAAGCUAGGUUUGAAGCUGGGUCUGGGGCUCAAGCUCGAGCUGAGGUCCAAGCUGGAACUCAAGCUGGGACUCACGUUGAGGCUGAAGCUGGGACUGAAGCUAGGUUUGAAGCUGGGGUUAAAGCUAAGGGUCAAGCUGGGGCUCAAGCUCGAGCUGGAGUUUAAGCUGGGGCUCAAGCUCGAGCUGGAGUUCAAACUGGAGUUUGCUGAGGCUCAAGCUGGCGUUCAAGCUUUGGCUGAAGGUGGAGAUCAAGCUCAAGUUGGGGCUGCAACUGAAGUUGAAACUGGGGUUGAAGCUGGGACUCAAGCUGAGGUUGAAGCUGGAGUUGAAGCUAUGGCUGAUGCUGGGGAUAAAGGUGGAGCUGAAACUGGUAGUGAAGCUAGAGCUGGGCUAAGGCUUUAG